UUACAAUUUCUAUGUUUCUUCAGGACGCUGCUCAAGGGGUGUACGACCGGAUCAGAAGGAAUUUCGUGGAUAUAUUUCUACGAGCUGCAUCGGUUUUUAGGUGCUCUGCCCAUAAAUGACUCCAGCCUGGUUGAGGAAUGCAUCGACUUUUCAGACGUAGCAGAGGAAAACAUCAUAGAGGUUACGACCAAGGAGGAUGCUGUCGCUGCAGACCCCGACGAAGACAAUCAAAACCAGGACCUUGACCUGCCCGGCACCAGCGCAAAGCUCAUGAGCGUUGGAGCCAAGAACAAGACAGGCUCCAGAAAUGCAGGUCCUCAGCAGCCUGCAAAAAGAAAAAAAGUGGCUGAAAAGCAGUUAGAGUUCAUGAAAGGACUGCUGGACGAGCAACGUGCCCUCCGUCUCUGCUGGGAGAACUCCAGGAGCUCGGAACUCGCCCUCAGAGAGAGACAGCUGAACCUCCUUGAGAACAUGCAGCAAGAUUUUGCAAGCAUGCGCCGCAGGAUGGAAAAGUAA